AUGACUAAAAGUGGGUUCAGAUCUAUCCUUUUGAAAUCUUCCAGAGAGCUCUACGCUGCCGUACCAGGCAUCAGAAAAUCGCUUUUGGGUCAAAACGCGAAGCAGUUUGGUGAACGAUUUCAUCAUCUUCAAAAGAGGAUUUCGCGGCAUUCUUCUCUGGCAAGCCUAGAGGGAACGGAGCAAAGAGUAAUAAAUGUGUCAAAUGCUCCACCGGUUUCUCUCAAAAGGGGCAAAACUGGCGACUGGAACAUCAAACAGGGUUCGGGAGGACUGGUAUCGUGUGUAGACCCAGUUAUGACGAAGGAUCACGAAAAUAUUUGGUUAGCGAAUCUCGGAAUGAACUUAAAGGAUAGAAGAAAGUGA